CUCCUGCGACUCGCCGGCCCGGCAGUUGUGUGCGGCGGCCUCUCUCCGGCCUGAAACCCGAGGGCGGCGGCGUUUGAUCUGAGAGCGAAGGGAACGCGGCGAAAUGACGGACCGCUACACCAUCCACAGCCAGCUGGAGCACCUGCAGUCCAAGUACAUCGGCACGGGCCACGCCGACACCACCAAGUGGGAGUGGCUGGUGAACCAGCACCGCGACUCGUACUGCUCCUACAUGGGCCACUUCGACCUUCUCAACUACUUCGCCAUUGCGGAGAAUGAGAGCAAAGCGCGAGUCCGCUUCAACUUGAUGGAGAAGAUGCUGCAGCCUUGCGGACCGCCAGCCGACAAGCCCGAGGAGAACUGAGACCCCGCUUCGUCACCGCGGGGCGGGAGCACCUCUCCCUGUGUUUCUCUCGUUUGCCGCCAUGCCCCGCAUAUUCCAGCCCCCAAAGAACAGAUUCUCAGUGGCUUUUCCCACUUUCCGUGAGCAGAAGUCCUUGCCCUGGGGUGUUCUGCCUGAUCGGCCUUCAUGUGGACCCUUCGGAACACAGCAUUGGGCCACCACCAGGACCCCCGAGAACUGUGCGGGUGGAGAGGGCCUAGAGCCAGCAAGCGUUAUGAAAGACAGCACUGGAGUGAGACGGGAUCUGAAGCCUGGUUUUUGGCUAGUUGGUUGUCGUUGUUGCUUUUUCCAUAAAGUUUAGAAAUUGUUAA